AUGGCUUCUGCUACCCCGGUUGCCAAGCAAGCCGGCUCCCAGACCGCGCCAUCCUUCCAACCCUCUUCGCCGCCCAACAAACGCGAUCUCAAGUCUUGGUGGAAAGGCUUCAUUUUGCCAUCCAAAAAUCAAGAUCAGCCUGAGACCCGAGCCCCAGGCAUUUUCGGCGUGCCAUUGCGACAGAGCAUAACAUACGCCAACGUCGCCAUCUCUUUGAUCGAUGAGAAGGGCCAGAGCUACAUAUAUGGCUACGUGCCAAUCGUCGUCGCCAAAUGUGGCGUCUUUCUCAAGGAAAAGGCGACCGGCGUUGAAGGUAUCUUCCGUCUCAGCGGCUCCGAAAAACGCAUCAAAGAGCUCAAGAGCAUUUUCGACUCCCCGGAUCGAUACGGCAAAGGUCUUGUGUGGGACGGCUACACCGUACACGACGCUGCGAAUGUUCUCCGCCGAUACCUCAACGACCUGCCGGAACCCGUCGUUCCUCUGGACUUAUACGAGCAAUUUCGCGAUCCUCUGCGAGGCGCAACCAAGCAGGUUGCCGGCGAUGCUGAGGGACCCCAGUUCGUCCCUGAUUUCGACGAAAAGGCUGCUAUCCACACGUACCAACGCUUGAUCACUGAGCUUCCCCCACUCAAUCGCCAGCUUCUUCUCUAUAUCCUGGACCUUCUGGCUGUCUUUGCGGCCAAGUCGGAAGAGAACCGCAUGACUUCACAGAACUUGGCAGCCAUUUUCCAACCGGGUAUGCUGUCACAUCCCCAACACGCCAUGGCUCCAGAGGAAUAUCGACUCAAUCAAUGCGUCAUCAUUUUCCUCAUUGAAAAUCAGGAUCACUUCUUAAUCGGCAUGCAAGGCACUGCCGCCGAUGAAAACACCGUCAAGGAAGUACAGUCCGGUACACCCAAAGGGCCACUCACUCCUAGCACAGUUACACCCACACAAAUCAAUCGAACUGCGUCCAACGCCAGCGCUGGCGCGGAAAGUGUGCGGAGAGACGGUAAGCUUCGACGAAACCGCUCUGUCUCAUCCAAGCACUCCAAAAAGGACGACUCAGCUACGCCUGCUGCCGUGGUUGUCGCGACAAGCUCCCCUGCAGGUGGCCUGAGUAGGAGCAAUACAGUCCCCUCCAAAAAGUCCCCAACUGUCGGCGGCAGAAAAUUUGCCAAGGUAGAGAAGGAUGCUUCUGGCCCCGUCCAGCCACUGACUCCGGUCCGACUAGCAGAGGCGCCCAUGACAUCCGGCCCCUCUACUCCUUUAGCUCUUCCAGACUCUGCCACCAAAGCUCCGCCGGGAAACACCCAAGACCGCCAUUUGGAAAAUUCAGCUGACGUACCCCCUACCCCCAAAGAGACCAAGGAACGCAGUGUAUCAAACCUUUUCCAAAGGACCUCCACGGAAGGAGGCGACAAGCGACAGCCGAACAAGUUGCGGAAAAAAAGAGCCCCCGGUGCAAUAGGCCUUAGCGCACACAGCUCGAGCAACUCCCUUCCUCAAUCCAACGCUGCGUCGCCGAAUGUUGAAAUGUCGAAUCCUCUGGAAAACGUUCCGCCUGUGCCCGAAACAAUACCAACGUCAGCCAUCACUGAGAGGGCCGAAGUCGCCUUGUCACCAGCGGCCCAGCUAGUUCAGCCUGUAAUCAGCACCGCUGAGACAAGUUCGCCCACUGAGACGAAGCCCAUCGAAAAUGCCCUCGCCGAACUGACAGAUUCACCUGUCGACUCCGCAAACGGUCAUUCAGACCCAGAUCACACCACCGACGACCGGACUGCCGGUCUCCUUCAAAGUCCGGGGAAAGAAAGGAAAAAGAGGUGGCUAUCACUCGGUACCAAAAAGGACGAUGGAAAUAGCGAAGCGCCUCCCCAGUUCAACUUGGGGCUCAAUCACAACGCGGAGACAAGUACAACCUCAUUUGCCAGUUCAAGCAAAGCGCGCAGAAGUUUUCAAGCCGAUGGUUCAGAGGCCGCGUUUGCUGAAUCGUACGACAGCAAAGACGGCGAAGCUAAAGGCCCUAUCGGCUGGAUCAAGAACAAAUACCGCGAGGCUAAGGAAAAUGCCGACCAUAAGCGCAACAAGUCCCCUCCUCCGGCUGGAGAGCGCCAGGGCAUCAGUGCCGCUAUCCUAGGUCGCGGUAAGAGCCUUGAUAUUAAGCGCGACGAACCAUCGGGCCCAAAGCCCACGGAGACGGCCUUGAAGAAGGAAGAGGGUCCAGCUGCCCAGCAUCCAAUUGACACCACCGUCACGCCAGCCACAAACCCCUCGUCUGAACCUCCCACACACACUGCUAUUGAGCAUCAACCUGUCAAGACGAUCAAAGAAGAGCCCGCCACGGAAGCUUCAGCGACAAUUCAACCAGCCCAAUCGACUGAAGUUCGAGCUGUCGAACCCAUUCCCAGCGCGCACGUGGUAUACCCUGUCAAGGACGAGCUGCUAUCAACUGAGACUGCUCCUGCUCCUCAACCAGAGCCCGCCCUUGAACCUGAACCGACCACUGUUCAGCAAGAGCCUAUCGAACCCAAAGGUUCCGAGCCCCAGCACUCUGGGUCGCAAGCUGCCAAUCUUGAAGAUGCAGCUCCUGUGGCUGUCGAAGCUACUCCCAAAGCCGCCUGA